AUGUCGAAUACGGAAACUGAAGACGACGUCUUUGAGUUUCUAAACUCUCUCCCUGAUGAUGAAAAGAAUCUUUCUGCUGAUCAGUUGAAAGGCAAGUCAGAUCAGGAUAUUUUGGAGUUUCUAGAUCAAUUGACGGAGAAGGAGAAGGAGUCGGAUACACUAAACAAGCCUAAAGAAGCCAAUGCAGAGUCAGAUUUGAAGCCACUGCCAAAAGGGGAAGUGGGUAUCAAAACAGAUUCAGAAAUUGAAUCUGCUCCUCGUGAGGGUACGGCACCAGCCGAUUCUCAAGCAAGUAGGUCAUGGUGGGGGGUAAAUUCUCUUCUACAAACCGCAGCCCAAUUCACCAACACUGCUCAAGAAAAGGCUGAGGAGACAAUCCGCAAGGCAAGAGAAUCCAAUGAGAAACUUGACUUAACAUCUGUCAAACAAUUUAUAGAGAAAAACAAUCUUACCACAGAACAGAAAGAUGAGCUCUUAAGCCUGACUGACCCCAAUAAGGCAAUUGAUUCCUUGGGCAAGGGAUUCGGGUUUUUUUCCAGCAAGUUAUCUUCAGUAUUGGAUAAAAUCACUGAAGAAUUUGUCAACACUGAUGAAAUUCUGGAUAUCAAGUUCAUUCACGAUAUGAUUAAUUACGAACAACUAAAUGAAUUGGUUCGAUACAAUUUUGAAAGGGUAAUGAGGUCUCAAGUUGACGGAGAAAUUAAGAUUUUGGUCACUCAAACGAACCCGUUGCAUAAAGAAUCAGGAAAAAACUUAAGUCUCUUGUAUGGAAAGAACUCAGAGGGAGAAAAAUUGGCCACUGCCAACAUAGAAGAGGCUAUUAAAAAGGAUCAAUCCCAGGAUCACAGUGACGAAACUGAACCCAAGGUUCGCAGAUCAAAGAUAUAUGUGGCUAUCCAAGGAGUAUCGUUAAACAGAGAAGCUGAGGAUUCAGGUGUCAUUGAUACGUUCACACCUGGGUCUUUCAGCUUCGUAAUUGUGCUGCAAGACACCACUCAUAACAUUUCCAUAACAGCUAAGUCGCAGCCUUUUCCCUUAAAAUGGGCACAUUGGCUUGACGGCGAAAAGUCGCUAGACACUGAGGUAGAUCCAAGCGAAUGGGUGAAAACGUGGGUGAUCAACGGUAUUGAUCUUGCCAUCGGUGUAGUUGCUCAAAGUUAUAUUAUCAAGCGUAUGGGAUUCUAG